AUGCCGUAUCAUCCUACGUCUAUGACUUCUCAGUCAAAAUUCAUGCUAAGGAUUGUUAAUGCGCCGCUCCCGGCAAAAUUAAAGAUGCCCCCAACGUUAAAAUUUUAUGAUGGCACGUCUGACCCGAACGAUCACAUGUUUGCUUUCACCGGAGCAGCUAAAGUCGAACAAUGGCCCAUGCCAGCAUGGUGUCACAUGUUUGCUCAGACUCUCACCGGGUCAGCAAGGGUGUGGUUUGACAGUUUACCAGAAGGAUCGAUUGAUCAUUUUGAAGACUUCCGGCGUAUGUUUUUGCAAAAUUUCUAUCAGCAGCGUCGCUGCAAGAAGGACAUCACUGAAGUUCACCACAUAAAGUGCCGCGACGGAGAGUCCGUAGAGGAUUUCAUCUAUCGUUUCAAUCGAGAGAGCAUGCAGAUAAGUGGGGCAGUUGAUCAGCUCCGUGUUUCCGGAUUUUGUCACGGAGUCCGAAACAAUCAGCUCGUAGAAAAGCUUCACGAAGAUCUUCCAAAAACCAUGGAGAUACUUAUGGAACGAGCCCGAGCCUUCGUCCGAGGAAAAAGCGCAUGCGGGCAACCAAACGAAACAGCAACAAAGAAUGCUAAGGCCCGAACCGCAUCGUGGAGACGGAACGCAUCAUCACCAAAAGAUAAAAGUAGCAAUUGGAGUAGAAAUCGUGGGCCGUACCAAAAGUCUGAUCGAAGUAGCUUUUGA